GCGCCGCUGGGCAAGUUCGCGCCUUCGGCGAUGGGGCCGGGCUGGUGGUCGGUUCGGUGCUUGUGGCGAUUGCUGGAGCGCAAGGCGGUCUCCCCACUAGCAGGUCCCGCGGGGGCCCCGAGGCCUAGGCUUCCUUGGCUGUCGGAGGGGCGGCGUCCGACGAGGUGCGUGGUCUGCCUGAGCCCGAGCGGGGCACGCGGCCUGCACCAUGGGCCUCAGCUGGAGGAGCGGGCGCCGGGCGCCGUAGGACCGCAGCCUGGCACCGGAGAUCACACUGGUGCCAAGUUUGACAUCGAUCUGCUGGUUUCACUUCUGAGGCAAGAAAAUGCAAGAGAUAUUUGUGUGAUCAAGGUUCCACCAGAAAUGAGAUACACAGAUUACUUUGUCAUUGGUAGUGGAACUUCUACCCGACACUUACACGCCAUGGCCUACUACACUGUGAAAAUGUACAAAUACCUGAAAUGUAAAAGUGAACCUCAUGUGAAGAUCGAAGGGAGGAACACUGAUGACUGGCUCUGUGUGGAUUUUGGUAGCAUGGUGAUUCAUCUGAUGCUUCCAGAGACCAGGGAAACCUAUCAAUUAGAAAAAUUAUGGACCCUACGUUCUUAUGAUGACCAGUUAGCCCAGAUACCAGCUGAGACAUUACCUGAAGAUUUCAUUCUUGGAACAGAAGAUGAUACUUCAUCCGUGACUCCAGUGGAGUUCAAAUGUGAAUAAAAGGAAACUAAGACUGGUUUUUAUUAUUUCAGAUUUGAUUGAGUCACUUGGAAUAUACAGGUCCUAGAUCUCACCUCCUCGACUUGGUCUCUGUAAGUCCUGCCUACUUCUUGGGCACUCAUGCUGACCACUUUGGGAGACUGUAUAGAUAAAUGAACUAAUAUGUCAAGAAUCAGUACAGUCAACCCCAAACUAAGGUAUAUUGUCCCAAUAGGAGUUCCUGGGGUAGCACUGAUUCCUGAGAUUAACUCAGACUCUCUGCUCAGAAUAUUAAUUUUGUUUAAAUACAAAUCUUUAAUUUUU